AUGGCCACGUGGUCCUGGCGAGUGGGCGAUGAGUUCCGGGCCUACGAUUCGGAGACCAGUGCGCGGAUCGAGGAGGCCUUCCAGCGCCAGCAGAGCGAAGCCCGCGUUCGCAUCGCCGGCUCCGUUUACAUCAUCGACUUCCAGCAGAUGCGGCAGGUGUCUGCUCAGAACGAGAAGAAGUGGAGGGCGGUCCGCCGCAGCAAGGAGGCCGGUGACUCUCGUGGUGGCUAUCCGCCGCCGCCUACCCACACGAUUGACGAGGCAUGUGGCUGGUUUUGGAGGGAGGGCGACGGCUUCCAAGCCUACGAUCCGCAGACCAGCCAGAGAAUCGAGGAAGCGCACGGACAGGGGAGAAGCCAGGUCCAGAUUUCUGUGGGCAACUCGCAGUACAUCAUCGACUUCAACCGGAUGCGCCAGGUGCAUGUGCGCGACGAGCGGAAGAGCCGUGAAGUACGUCGCGGCCGGGGUCUGGAGGCGCGCGCAUCCAACCCUUCGAGCAGAGAGCUCGCACAAAGAGCCGGACUGCAGGUGGCUUUCAAGGGCAAGGUCCGGAGCUACCAUCUGACGAGCAAGGAGGCUGCACAGAGCAUCAUGCAGAGCCGCACAUUCCGUGCUUCGGCGAAGGGUAUGCUCGGCCCUUUCAUCUACUUCGCUGGGUCGCCCGAGGACUGCGAAGGCAAGGCCCAAGGCGCAUCCUUGCGCGAGGGUGCGGUCUUGCAGGCGGAGGUGGAUCUGGGCUACUCCCUGGUGGCCAGCCAGCCCAUGCGCGACAUCCCCACAGCCGGCUCCUUCCUGGGCAUCGACUCAUGGUCGAGUCUCACCGAAGGUGUGCUGCACAAGGCCGGAUGCCAGAGUGUGUACGCUGCAGCGCGUGGCCUGGUGAGCAGGGAUGAGUGGGCGGUGCCGCGCAACUCGCAGAUCUCAAGCCUGACUCUCAAGGGCUACGCCGAGAGUGGACGGGAACUGCCAUACUGGUGUUGGCCAGACUGGGUUCAUGCGCUUGGAGGGGUGGUCCGAGUCGACAUGGCAGCCGUGGACCGUGUGUCCGCAGCUGCCGCUUCGAUGGCAGCCGGCCCUUCCGCACAGACGUAUGGCGUGAGGGUCAAUGCCGCUGGGCGUCCCAUUCACGAUGAUGGCAGGUUCAUGAGCUAUGCAGAGGCCCGUUCCCGCGGUUGGGGUGGCACUGCAGCCCAGAACCCCUGGAACAAGCACCAGCAAAGCCUCGGUGGUCAAGGCCACUCACGCCAGCAGUUGUCUGACGGAUACCGUGGCAGCACGUCCACAAGCCAGCCGAGCUCCUCCAGCACCAGGCGCAGCAAUGCAUGGAACGAGCACCAGCGUUCCAUGGGUGGCCGCGGGUACACGCGUGAGGAGAUGCGGGCAACUUACAACGGAGGAUCCAGGAGAGGUCAGCCCUCACAAGCCGCCCCAGCCCGACCAUCCACAGCGCCCACUUCAAGUGCCUCGAGUACACGAGGCACAGGAAGGGCCCCCAACCCAUGGAACGAGCAUCAGCGGGCCAUGGGAGGUCUAGGCCUCUCGCGAUCUCAGAUGCAAUCCUCGUACCGUACCUCCCACUCCCCGAGCAUGGGAGGAAGCACGGGAAGGGCCCCCAACCCGUGGAACGAGCAUCAGCGGGCCAUGGGAGGCCUAGGCCUCUCGCGAGCUCAGAUGCAAGCCUCGUACCAUGCCUCCCACUCCCCGAGCAUGGGCAUGAUGGGUCUGGGAGGUGGUGGAAUGAGCCUUGGUGGUGGCGGCGGCGGCGGCGGUCUGAGCUGGAACGCUUUCCGAAGCUCCGUGGCCGGCCAGGGCAUGUCUCGGUCAGAGAUGUCUUCAGCGUACUGGGCCCAGAAGUGA